CCCCGCCUCCUGACUGUGAGGGCGGGUGUCAGACUCAGGUGGCUACCCUGGUGAAUAAUUGAAGAGAUGACAUACCAGUACUGUUCUCCUCACUUGUAUUGACCUCUCUUCUUAUUAGUACAGUAUUCUGAAUUCUUCAAGAUAUUAAUUACACUGCUGUUUGUAAAUCUUGUGGAGAAAUGUUUGCAUUGUAUAGGGACUUACUUUUGGAAGUUUUCUUGGCUUACAUUUCCCUCUCCCUUUGUUAUGGCUUGGCCCCUAUGCUCUGGUACUUCCCGCUUCAGGUUUUGGAAAUCACCGGCUAUGAAAUCCUUGCUGCAGUUUACGGCACACCUUUAAUAUUGAGCAGCACAACAGUGUGGAAAUUGGCCAACAAUAAGUAUGUCAUUGCCUUUCUCAGACUAAUCACUCUAGGAAGCAUUGCUUCUUAUCAAGCCUCUUGCCCUCUUACCCGAACUGUAACACUGGCUCUUGGUGUAGCUUCAGCUCUGCUUGUUCAAGCCAUCACCUGGUGGUCAGGAGACCUUCAGCAAAGGCUCUGCAGAUUUUGGGGUUUCAUUCUGGGUCAUAUUCUGCAACUUGUAUUAAGGAUCUGGUGCACCUCCCUGAACCCAGUGUGGGCAUCCAAUACCUUCAACUCUUUAAUACUGGCUGUGGGUGCCAUUGUGACUUUGGAGAGAAUACGUUCAGAUUUUCAGAAGAUAUCUCAGAUAGAAGAGAAGAUAAAAUCACCGGUGAAAAAGAUCGAACCUGAUGUUUGGUUCGAUUGGCUUGUGAGUGGAGCUGCCUAUGGAAGUCUAUUGUUCCUCAUACACUGGAUAUUCGGGGAGGUCUCACUUGUUUCACGGUGGGCAGUGAGUGGCCACCCAGAUACUGGACCAGAUCCAAAUCCUUAUGGAGGUGUGAUUUUGGUUGGCCUGGCUAUUGGUGUGAUGUUAUCAUUUUGGGCCUCUGUCGACACCAUUGCCUUUUGGCUAAUAGGAGUCACAUCAGCAAUUUGUCUCUUUUACCUUCGGAGGGAAGGAGCAUUUGCUGCUGGAACUGUGUUAGCUGUUUAUGCUAUGUCACUCUGGCCCCACACAAUUGAACAUCUCGUCAGUUCUGGGGGUCCUGGAAAAGCCUUGGGCACGGCAAUGUUGGUGUAUUUGCUGGAGAUUCUUGGUACAGUGUGGUGUACAGCUUACAACUUUGUACCUGGAGGUGCCAUCACAAGAGAAAAAACUAUGGUGGUUUUGGGAACGCUGAUGCAUUUGAUUGGUUUGGGAUUAUUCUUUGGUAAACGGCCUAAAUUAUUCCUAACGGAAAGCAGAAACGCGGCUCCACUCUUGAUGAAGUAUGUCAAACAAUCACUUUGGCUGUUUGUAGGUUUGGGACUGUUAGGAUUAGGUCAACGAUUUAUAUUGUAUCAGAAGAAAUUACACAACUCAGUGGGUAUCCCGUCUGUGAAGAAAGAUUUCUCAGCUAUGAUAUGGUCUUACAGAUUUGGGUAUGACAAUCAAGGUUGGCCAAGUUUAGAAAGAUCUGCCGAGCUUAUCGAACAAACAGGUGCUGACUUAAUUACCAUAUUGGAAAGUGAUGGCUCUAAACCUUUCCUUGGAAAUAACGAUCUCACCAUGUGGCUGGGAGAGAAGUUGGGAUUUUACACGGAUUUUGGUCCAAGCACAAAAGAUCACACCUGGGGAACAAUGGUUUUGUCAAGAUACCCUAUCAUCCAGUCCAAGCACCACUGCCUUCCAUCCCCAGAAGGAGAGGUUGCUCCUGCCAUUUCAAUGACAGUCAACAUGGCAGGGAACCUUGUCGAUUUGGUUGUUGCUCACUUUGGCAAUGAUCAGGAUGAUUUAGACAGGAAGUUGCAGGCAGAGUAUGUUUCUAAUAUACUGAAGGAUAUCUCACAACCUGUUAUAUUUUUGGGUUACAUUACUUCUGAACCAGGCUCCAGAGACUACCAACAGCUUCAGAAUAUUGGAAACGUGAAGGACAUAGAUCAAAGUGAUCAACAUAGAUGGUGCGAGUACAUCAUGUAUCGUGGACUAAUAAGGUUGGGCUAUGCCCGCAUUUCACAUGGUGGUCUAAGUGAUACGGAAGUCCAGUUAGGGAAAUUUCGGAUUCCUGAUGACCAAAAUCAUUAUGAAGAUAAUAACAAGGUUGAAACUGAUCCUGAAAAAGUACCUGAAGAAAUUCACUUUAACCCCAGGUUUGGAUCCUUUAAGAUCGGACACAACUAUGAACACAUUCACCACUUUCAUAUGAACACCCCAAAGUACUUUCUUCAUCUGAAUGAAAAAAGGGAAAAUAAAAUACAUACAUGAUUGCAUUAAUAAAUAUAGGAAACUUUUUAAUAUGCAUUGAAUAUUUCUACAUGUCAGUGAGGUUACAUAACUCUUUAUGAAGAAUCUUACUGUGUUGACAGAAACUUUAGAAACUACCUACAAGAACAAUGUUUUAUAAUAGAAUCCAUAGCAUUUAUUACUAAAAUGAGAGCUUGUGACCUCUUUCAUAACAAACUAUGUUAGUGAUUAUUCGUUGCUUCCUAUUAUGUUCCACAAACCUUUCCAAUGCCUCUAAUUGUAUUUAUUCUUGUAUAAGCUGAACAAACUAUAGAAGAAAAUCAAAAAUACACAAACAGUUAUAAAACUUCCUUAUUGUUACCUCCAUGAACUUGGAAAUGUUAUAAUCAUUAAU